AUGGCCAGCGGUACUGGGAUAGAGCCUCUUGUCUCAUCUCAAAACAAUGAGAUACCGGGCGCACGUUGCGUAUCGAUAUCUCAAGAAGAUCAGAACUCAAUAGGGUUUGCGCUUUUUAAGAGACAAUUUUCGUUUGAUGAGGAAAUGGUCAUAUGUAACCAAAUGACACCAAAAUUCGGAUACGUCGACAACGUUGAUAUUUUCGAUUCGCGUGGGGUAGACAAUUGCGAUGUUAUAGGUGUAAAACAGGUUAAAAGAUAUGUAUCAAAGGUCUCCGAAUGUUCUGAUGACACUCAAUUGCAUGUACCAUCGAUGCUGAAUUUACAAGCUAUGCCCAGAGACGAUUUGAAGAACACAUACGCGAUGGAUGAUGCCAAGAGUACCAUUUCCUCCAUAGAAUCAAGCAGCCCCUUUGGCUCCAAUAGCGACAAGGUUAACUGGAAUAAGUAUGAAUACGAAGAGUCGCUAUUGACGCCUACGACGUUCGCGUCAUUCAGUCACGAAGGUUUGGAUAGUGCCAUGGAGAUUUUGAGCGGUGGCGCACUGCGGUUCGCAGAAGAAUCUUUUCUUACAGGAUACGAUGACGCUUUUGCCUCUGACGAGGUUUACGAUAUUUCGGAAACGAAUUUCGAUUUUUCCACUGUAACGAGAUCUGUUACGGAAGAUGACAUGAUGGAAGACGAGAUGGUGCCCCUCAUAGAUAUGGUGUGCGGUAUACCCGAUGUCCCAGAAGAACCUAUGAUUGAAAUUCACCACGACAUGCUUGUUGAAGCACCCAAGGAGGAAGAGCCUGAGGUUUUGGACCCUCCCCUGUACAAAGAAAUGCAAGUUAAGUUGUCCAUGGCGAAGAAGGUGAAGUCUGGUAAAAAGAAAGGUUCACGAUCUAGUAAGGAGCCGAUUAUGGUGGAUGCCAUCAACAUUAAUGUAACCAAGGAAGGAGUAGAGGUUUCCGGUGAGUUGGGUAUCGACCCUGACUCGGAAGAACGUAUUGAGUGGUACCCAGGCUUCAAUAGGCAGUUGGGAGCUAAGGGCAGGAGCGCUCUCCUUGAGCUCGUGAGACGUGUAUAUAGGCAGAAUCCUACGUACUACAAAUCGAUUUUGCAAGCCAGAAACCCGCCAUCCUCGAUCAGCAACCUUCCCUUUUUCAACAUCCCCAUGUUGUGGGAACUCACUCACCAAUUUGGUGUCUUCCAACAGGCCCUUGUCAUCCACAAGAACCAGAUGUGUGCCGCCUACAGAAAUGACAAGGGUAGGGGAAGAUCGAAGGUGGACCGUAGUCAUGCAAUACAUGACACAAAAUCACCACAACUAUCACAGGAAAGUGUUAAAGAUGAGCAUUCGAAACUAUUGAGCCAGACAAGCGAAGCAAGCUGGGAUUCUGAUUCGACUGGCGCCUCCCAAGAACUUCAGAAUUCUAUGCAAGUGGAGACGAACUGCUCACAAAACAAGUUGGCACAGAUUAAAGAUGAACUCCAAGUGCAAAACAACGCCGUGUCGCAGAAAUACAUGGUAAAGCGCGACGCCACUAUGUAUGAACAGAUGUCUUCCGUUGAGGCAAACGGCGGAAGGACGACUCCGCCGGCCCAGGUGGAACACGUCAAACAUAGCAGGUACCAAGGCGUUAAGGCUGAAAAUGUGACUCAAGUUGAGCCUGUUAGGCAACAUUUUACCACCCUCUCUGGAAGGUCAAUCAAGCCCACUAAGAGAUACGCGGACUACCAGGGCGAGUUCGGAAACCAGGCUAAGCGCUACAGCGCAUACAAUGAGAACCACAACCAGACUACCAAUGACACCGUAUCAAGCUGUGGUUCAAACGACAAUUCUCAGGAUCUCUCCAAUGGAAUUGCCGAGUGCGACAGCCCCGCCCUUUCCAGCUCCACUGUCGUUAGCCUUUCCAAGAGUGAGGACGCGUCUGCAGAACUUGACGAAUCCGCGGAAUUACCGCCAUUGUCACUUGUAUGGCGCGUCAAGCAGCAGCUUUCACAAAAGAACAUGGACGUCAGGCGCGAUGCCAUGGCUGAGCGUCUCAGCCCCGUCGCGUCCGCACGCGGUACACCCACUCGUUGCAUUUCUGUGUAA